AUGACAUGGUGCAAUAGCUUCAACGACGUGCGCGCCGUGGAGAACAACCUGGCCUCCGCCGCGGCCGUCGCGGCGGCGGCCGCCAAGAAGCAGCAGCACCACCAGCAGCAGGCCUCCUCCCACGUCAGCCUCGUUAGGACGUGCCCCGCCUGCGGCCACCACGCGCAGUAUGAACAGUUGCAGGCGGCGUCGACGAUACAGGAUCUGCCUGGGCUGCCGGCCGGCGUCAAGUUCGACCCCACGGACCAGGAGCUGCUGGAGCACCUGGAGGGGAAGGCCAGGCCGGACACGCGCAAGCUCCACCCGCUCAUCGACGAGUUCAUACCGGCGAUUGAGGGAGAGAACGGCAUUUGCUACACCCAUCCGGAGAGGCUUCCAGGAGUUGGCAAGGACGGCCUGAUCCGCCACUUCUUCCACCGUCCAUCAAAGGCGUAUACGACGGGGACUAGGAAGCGGCGCAAGGUGCACACCGACGAGCAGGGCGGCGAGACGAGAUGGCACAAAACGGGCAAGACCCGCCCCGUAUUCACUGACGGCAAGCUCAAGGGGUACAAAAAGAUCCUUGUCCUCUAUACCAACUACGGCAAGCAGCGCAAGCCAGAGAAGACCAACUGGGUGAUGCAUCAAUACCACCUAGGCUCCGAUGAGGAGGAGAAGGAUGGCGAGCUCGUCGUCUCCAAGGUGUUCUAUCAGACGCAGCCACGGCAGUGCGGCGGCUCGACGGCUGCCGCUGUCAGGGACGCCGCCAUCACAGCGGGCAAUAUCAUCAAGGGUGGCGGUGCAGGUGCAACUAGUGAUCAUCACCGUCAUCACCACGAGGAUGGCCACAACAACAAUAUGCUGAAGGAAGCUGCAGGAAUGGUAGAUUUCUACAGCCCAACUGCUGCAGCACUAAUCGGGUACAGCAGCCAGGCGGCUCCUCCUAACAACAGGGCGGCGGCCGCGGCUGCUGCUGCUUCUGCUCAUUUGAUGCCUAACUUCGAGGUUAGAGGCCAGGAGACACGUACUGAGAGGAUGGCAGGCAGAUAA